GCUACGAGGGGCUGCCGGGUUGGGCCAAUGGAGGCGGCGCGGAGGCUGUUUGCUUGGGGUGCAAACAGCUAUGGGCAGCUCGGCCUUGGUCAUAAAGAGGAUGUGCUGUUGCCUCAGUCUCUGAAAGAUUUUUCCUGGAAACAUCAAAACAUUAAGAGCAUUGCUGGAGGAGGAGGACACUCUGCAGUUAUUACUGGUGCAGGAGAACUCUUUGUAUGUGGCCAAAACAAAGAAGGACAAUUGGGUCUUAAUCACACUGAGGAUGUCCUGUGUUUUACUUCAUGCACUGCACUGUCUAGUGUUUGUGUGAUACAAGUGGCCUGUGGUUGGGAUUUUACAAUCAUACUUACUGGAAAUGGCCAAGUUUUAUCCUGUGGGUCUAACUCUUUUGGACAACUAGGAGUCCCUCAAACUUCAGGAGGAUGUUUGAUCCCACAAAAGAUUGAGUCCCUCACAGAGAAGGUGGUGAAUGUUGCUGCGGGACUCAGACAUGCUCUUGCUGCUACAGAAAGUGGCCUGGUGUUCCAGUGGGGAACAGGCAUGGCUUCUCGGGCAAACCGGGCAAGCCAAGGGAAAAUGAUCCCAUCCUUCUUGACAGCAAAAGAACCUUGUAAAGUAGCAGGUCUGGAAGAUGUAAAGGUGAAAAAAGUCACUGCCAGCUCCUAUCAUUCAGUGUCACUUACAGAUGAAGGAGAAUUGUGUGUUUGGGGUAGCAACAAACAUGGGCAGCUAGUGAGUAAAGAGACUUUUCUUGUUGAGCCCCAGAAAAUAGAUGCUCAUUUUUUCUUGGGGGAAAAGAUUGGAGCGGUCUGGAGUGGAUGGACACAUGUAGUGGCACAAACAGAAACUGGCAGGGUCUUCACAUGGGGUAGAGCAGACUAUGGGCAGCUCGGAAGGAGUGCAGUUGUUCACGAUGGACAAAGACAGGAGGUGCAGAGAUCAUCUGAGCAGCAUUUGGAGCAGUUGUCUAAUGUGCCAGUUUCAGUGCCUUGCCUCGCUGGAGCAUCUCAGAUUGCAUGUGGCUCAGAGCAUAAUCUGGCAGUAGUUGGGUUGUUAAUGGGCCCCAGUCUUAUAAAGAGAUCUACACAGGUGGACUGUUUGCACAAAAUGGAUAUUUUGUAUAAUUGAGGCCCCAGACCCUUGUCAUAGGUCUCACCCCAACUCUGAACUUUAGGGUACAGAUGUGGGGACCUGCAUGAACACCUCUAAGCUUAACUAUCGGCUUAGAUCUGGUCUUGCUGCCACCAUCCAGAUUUCUGAGUACCUGGAAAACUCUCUUUCCCCCCCAAAAAAAACCACCUUCCCCUCCCUGGGUAGCCUUGAGAGACUCCUCCACCAAUUCCAUGGUGAGUCCAGAUCCAGUUCCCUUGGAUCUAAAAAAACAGGGGAACAAAUCAAUCAGUUUUCUUAAAAAGAAAGCUUUUAAUUAAAGAAAAGAAAGGUAAAAGAAAAAAAAAAACCUUUGGGAGACAGCAUACCAGCUAAUCUCACAGACAAUAGAUUUAAAACACAGGAUCUUCCACUGGGCAAAAACCUUAAUACACACAAUAAUACCCAAUUUGAUAAUUCUCCUAAUUGCACAAAGACAAGUUACAAAAGAAAAUAAACAUAAACCUAUUUAUUCCUUUCUAAAACUUACUACUCUGAUAAGAGGCUGGUUCCUUGAUCUUUUCCACUCCGGCUGAAACUGAAACUGACUCUAAACAAAGGAAACUUCCCUCCUUCCUUUUGAAACAUUUUGUUCCCUCAUUGGUUCCUCUGGUCAGGUGUCAGCUAGGCUAGGUGAACUUCUUAACCCUUUACAGGUAAAAGAGGCAUUAACCCUUAACUAUCUGUUUAUGACAACCCUUCUAGUAAAGUCUAUGGGAGUUUGGCUACUGACUUCAAGGACCCAAUCUCACACCGUUGUUGUGCGGUAAACGGGGAGACCUUCUGUUCUAAUCUGGUCAUUAGGUGACAAUUAACAUUAAUAGAAAUGAGAGACUGUGAUUUGCCAUAUCAUGUACUAAUUUGAAUCUUGGGAGUUUGAAAUAAGAGCUAAGAUGUGGAAAAUUGUGAGUUUUUUCAUGCUAACUUUUUUUUUUCUGUGAUGUUUUUUUUGUGUGUGGGGAGGAAUCUCAUGAAAUGGAGUUUUGUCAUUAAAAUCAUACAGCUGUGAAUUUUUGUAUGUUCAUGUGAUCCUUUGCUUGAACAAGGAUCAAUUUUUACAUGAAAUUUGAAUGGAUCAGAACAGUUAUAUUUGUAAAUCGUGGACGACUUUCUGUCUUGCAUUUCCAGAAUGCUCUCACUUCAAAUAUUUUCAGUUUUGUUAGGAAAUUUUCACAGAAAGUUGUCUAGCACAAUGAAAGAUGGCAUUUUUACUUUGUAUGAGAAGGUGUUAAACUUACGAUACUGAGGAAAAUAUGAUCAGUAGCAUCUAAUGUCAUGAUUGAUCAUGCCAUGAUCUUUGCAUGAUGCAACCAUGUUCACAGUAAUGAUGCUAAACAUGGGCUUAAAAUUUGCAGGAUUGGGGACUAAAACCAUCAAACCCAUGAAAAAAUUAUAUAAUGAGACUUCUUCUAUACAUGGAAGCAUGAUUUUAAGUUGUGUGUUUGUGAGGAAGAGCUGUAUUACAGAUUUUUCUCUCUGUGGGGCUAUGUUCUAAACAUAUGUUUUCUAAGAGAAUAAUUAUCCUGAAAUAGAACAUUUGACAUACUACAUGUGGGAUGUAGAAUAAUCAAGCAAUAUAAGUUUGUAAAUGUGAAGUUGUUGAGAACAUAUGCAUGUCUUUAUUGCAUUGUGAAUUACAAGUCUGAAGAUGAAGUGCCUCCAGCAUCCAGGAAGUGUAGAUGUAUUAUUAAAUUAACAGGUCCUGACAUAUUUAACUGCUUUUGUUAAAUAGUUGUACAGUUUUCCCAAUGUAAGCAUAAACAUAUGUUUUCGCUCCAAUUUUCCUUCCUCUCCUCUAUAAUUUUACUUUAUCCUCCUUGUGUAGUGAGUUAUAAACAGGUCAAUCCAUUAAAAGAUAAGAUCACAAUA